AUGAAGCAUCUUUCACUUUCCGAUAACCAGCGAGGGGCCGAUCAAAUCAACUUCCAUGCUAGCAACCCUGCUCCAUUAGACGUCGGCGUUGGCGCAAACGGCAUAGCUGACCCUCUCAACACCACGAUCGCGCAUCACAGCUAUCACCAGCUGUCGCGAACGCGUUAUCUCAUCCACUUCGACAACUCCGCACUGCUCUCGAGCUCUCCAGCAUGGAUCGCGACAGGAGAAGCAGGUACGAGGACGGCGAGGUUACUCGGUAUGGCGCUGGCGAGUCCUGGAGACCCUUUCCUAGAGGCGAGAGGGGCGGAGCAGGUGACCGCUCUCCUCGACGAGCCCGAAGCCCCCCUCGAGACCGUGACAGAGAUCGCGACCGUGAUCGCGACCGCGAUCGUGACAGAGAACGUGAACGAGACAGAGACCGCGACCGGGACCGCGACAGAGACACCAGAGAUCGCGACAGAGACAGAGAUAGGGACAGGGAUAGGGACCGUGACAGGGACCGCGACAGAGAGCGUGCCCGCACUCCUCCUCCCUUGGCCUCCGACAGCUACGUGCCCGGCAGGUCUCCACGACGCAGGUCUCGAAGCGCCGACCGCUACCGACGCGACAGAUCCCGGGACAACAGAGACACCCGUCCACAAAGUGACACCUGGCGCAGGCGAGACCGCACUCGAAGCCCCUCCCAUCGGCAGGUCUCCCGCCAUCCGAGACGAGCGCAGUGAGCGUGCCAGAUCACCGCCUCGCCGUGACAACAGAGACAGAGACAGGGAGCGAGAUCGUGACCGCGGCGACCGGGAGAGGGAGAGGGAAAGGGACCUUGAUCGACGGGACGACAGGUACCGCUCGUUGCCCCCCUUUGCGCAGAGCCCAGUCUCAUCCGUUCCCCUUAGAAGACGGUCGCGCUCGCCGUACGGCGCUCGCGACAGGCCUCCUCGUGACAGGACUCCGCCCAGGAGAUCCCCUCCACCCCCGGCAGCCCGAGGCGGCUACCGACCGCGGUCUCGUAGCACGAGUCGUCGCGGCGGUGAGAGAUACCUCGGGUCCUCUUACAGACGAGCGUCUCCGCCUCGAGAUUCCGGCAUCUCGUCGGCCAUCACGUCUCGGUCAGCUUCAGGCAAGUCGUCACCGCAUCCUCCCUCCUCUAUCCGAGCACGUUCGCGGCCGCAAUCGAGAGAACGGGAACAGCGGGAGCGGGAGCAGCAGCAGCGCGAGCAAAGGGAACGCGAACGCGAACGGGAACGGGAGCGAGAGCGCGAGCGAGAGCGGGAUCCCACACCCCCCCUCCAGACCGCCGGUGCCUCUGCCGCAACGUCGUCGGCGUCCUCAUCCGCGACGACGCGCGAAGCACCGCCCCCCUCGACCUCGAAACCUUCCGCCGCCGCAACCCCCACCGCCGCCUCCGCCGCCGCCGUCGUUACCCCUCAAGAACCGACGACGGCCCCCGCGCCCGUGGCCAAGACGCCUCCUCGAGGCCCCGCCGCUUUACGUGCUCCUCCAACCGGCCCUGCCGCGACCCGAAACUUCUCUGCGCCCGCCGGCUCACCAGCUGUUCAGCCACCUAGACACCCGCAAACCCCGAGCGUGCCGCCCCCGCCCUCCCGCGCAGACGCGACGAGUCCCACGAUCCCUCCUGCUGGCCCUCGAGGCUACGUAGCUCCAGCCCGCGGUGGAGGCGGUAGCGGAGGAGGCGGAUACAGCAACCGACCGGGACGAGCCUCCUGGUCUGCCGCUCCGCCUCGCCAGGCCCCAGUGCCCACAACCUCGCCCUCCGCAACCGGCAACGGACCUUCUGCGAUCCCCACAGGUCCGCGCGCCAACCCCUCUAGUGCUAGUACACCGACGAACCCAGCACCGACUCCGAAGGCCUUCAAUCCGCCCACAGGCCCCUCGUCGCAGCAUGGCGGUGCCCCAGGCCAGCGCCUCACCCUCGCGCAGAGCAUGCUCGCCACCCUGCCACCCAUCAUCCCGGGAGGCAAGAUCGACCCGUCCCUGCUGCCGACGACCACGGGCAUCACGAGGGAGAUCGAGCCGCACUACAAGAAACUCAAGGCUGAGGAGGAGAAGGCGCGGGCCGAGCUCGACGCCAAGCAGGAUAAGCUCCGCCAGAGCCUGCAGGUUUGGGAUAAGCUAGAGAUGGAGUCCAAGGCGUGGAAGACGAGGGUCGAUCUCAGCGAGCAGAGCCUCAAGAGCCUGGCCGGCGAGGGAUUGGGAGGGGCAGCUUUUUAA